GGUGGGAGGCGAGGUGGGGAAGGAGGGGUAGUAAUUUGAAUCAAACGGAAUUCAAUUGGUUUUCCCGAGUUUUCUGUUUUACUGGAAUUUUGGAGGAGGAAAUUGGAAGAUAAUUAUAAUUGAAAUGCAGAAGAAGAAGAAUUUCAGAAAAAGAAGCAUCCAAGAAGACGAAAGAGGUGAUCCCGCCGCCGAAUUAGACGAUGAAGAAGAUAGAAGAUUGGCGUUAGAGGAAGUGAAAUUCCUGCAGAAGCAGAGGGAGAGGAAAUCAGGAAUCCCUGCAAUUCCUACGGUGCAAGCCGGAGGCGUCGUCGCUAAAGUUACCGAAAAGGGCGAAGCUGAUGGAGAAAAGGAGGAGCUUGUUCUUCAAGACACCUUCGCUCAAGAAACCGCCGUCAUGGUUGAGGAUCCAAACAUGGUAAAAUAUGUAGAGCAAGAAUUAGCGAAGAAAAGAGGGAGGAACAUGGAUACGAAAAACGAAGUUGAGAAUGAUUUAACGCGAGCAGAAGAUGAAUUGUAUAAAAUUCCCGAGCAUCUUAAAGUGAAGAAACGAAAUUCAGAAGAAAGUUCGACACAGUGGACUACUGGGAUCGCUGAAGUUCAGCUGCCUAUUGAAUACAAGUUAAGAAAUAUAGAGGAAACAGAAGCUGCCAAAAAGCUUCUACAAGAAAAGAGGCUCAUGGGACGGGCAAAAUCAGAAGUUAGCAUCCCAUCAAGUUUCAGUGCUGAUUAUUUUCAGCGUGGCAGGGAUUAUGCAGAAAAACUUAGAAGAGAACAUCCUGAGUUGUACAAGGACAGGGGUUCACAGGAUGAGAGCGCUGGCUCCAGGCCAACUGAUACAAGCACUGAUGCAGCAGGAAGUAGGCAAGCUGCAACAGAUGAGUUUAUGUUAGAGCGCUUCCGAAAACGAGAACGCCAACGUGUAAUGAGGAGAUAACAAAUGGUUAUACAAGCAGCCUGUCAACCAUACUGAAAUUUGAACCAGCAUUUGUGGUGCUUUACAUGUCCUUCGAUAGGCUAUAAUGCUACCUCUGCACCAAGUUGUCCAGUUAGAAAGUAAAGGACGUCUUACUACUACUAUUAGUUACUUUUCUUAUGGCUGAUGUAAUGUUGUACAUUUUCAAUUGAGAUCUGUAAUUCUCUUACUAAGUUAUGAAUAUGGAAAGCUAAUGUUGGAAA